ACCGCCACCCCGACAUGUAUAAUUGGGGCGGGAAGGGUUUUUUUAAACCCAGAGAUCUGUGUUACAACCUUUUUUCUUUCCCGCCUAGGAUGAGGCACUUUGGGCAAAUCUGUGAUGCAUGCCCUGAAGCGUCUAAAAAGGAACUCCCAGACCAUGCAUCUCUUCUUCCACGACAGCAAUCAUGCCCAUCGCACCACCCAGAGCACUCUUCGCGUCCCCAGAGACGCUUUCGACGGCGAGCGAGACCCUUGAUGCGAUCUACGCGGGGUCAGUAGCUGCAGGUCCGUCGAGGCAGAGAUAUUUCUUCGUCGGUGUGAGGGAUGCAGGGGUGUUUACGAUCCCUCAGGAGGGCGGCAGGGCAUUCAGUUCGAGGCUGGCUGCAGAGGCGUAUGUAGCCGGAUGGGACGGAGGCGGAGGGAAACACGAUCUGCCGGCUUCGGCACCUCGUCCGUUGAGGGAGCACCUCGCCAUGACGUUCCCAACACACGUCGCGAUGCCCCCGUCAUCUUACAAGCGACCGUCGUAUCACGCGAGGAUGCUUCAGUCGAGACAGGAGCUCGGCGUGAGCCUCUUGCGGUAUGAGCGCAAGCCAAAGGGUGGUACCGGGAUGUGGGUGGCGGAGAAGACGAGUUCACCUUCCUCCAUACCGCCGACAUUUUCUCGAGCUGGACUCAAGAAGGGGGUCGUGAUGCCGGUCGCGGCCCCCGGGAGGCUCAAAUCGUCGAGCUCGGUCUCAUCGCUGAAGAAAAAGUCGACACAGUCGUUGACGAGUCUGGUGGAUAAGCGGGACACGGGGGAGUCGCUGCUUUUACCCCCGAAACCAGGAUACUUGCGGAGGCCGUCGUGUUCGAGUACGUCGUCCUUGGAGAGUGCGUCGGUGGGAGAGUUGGAAGAGUGCGUCAGGGAGUUCGAGCCGAUCAUCGUGGGGCUUGACGGGGCGUCGGAGAGGAGUAUCGACACGCUGUCGACAAGGAGCGGGUGGUCCACCGAGACCGGGCAGCAGCAGGCGCUGGCGAGGGGUGGGAAGAAGAAACGCUGGAGGGAGAAAAUGCCCAAGGCACUGGCGAGGAUAUUGAGCUAGGGGACGGGUCGCAGGGUCAGAAGCAGUGCCGCAGGCGCUGGCGAGGAUCUUGAGCUAG